AUGCGAGAGAAGACGGCGGGGCGUGCCCGCGGGUUCAUUGAGCGGCGGAGCCCCAUUUCCGUGCUCCUGUGCUGGCAGUUCUUAGCGCGCCACUUGCCCAUCAUCCUGCCCCACUCGCUGAGCCGCCACUACUGGGACAUGGCCAUCCUGGCGCUGGUGACGUACAACGCCGUUGCCGUGCCAUUCGAGGUGGGGUUCGAGGUCACCAAGCCCGCCGCCCUGACGACCUUCGAGAGCUACGUGGACCUGUGCUUCUUCUUGGACAUUCUCAUGAACUUCCGGACGGCUUACGUGGACGACCACGGCAACAUGGUGCGGGACGAGAAGAAGAUCGCCAGGCGGUACCUCCGCACCUGGUUCCCCAUCGACUUCUGCGCCACCGUUCCCGUGGACACCAUAGCCAAUCUGUUGGGCGCCAACAGCGGCAGCAGCCUCACCCUCCUGGCCUUUUUGAAGACCCCCAGGCUGCUGCGGCUCGGCCGGCUGCUGCGCUUCCUGGACCGGCUGAAGAACGCGAACUACUUCAAAAUGGUGCAGCUCAUGGUGUUGAUGUGCCUCAUCGCGCACUGGAUCGCCUGCACCUGGCAGAUGGCGUACAGGUUCACUAAGGGGCGGUACCCCUGGACCAUCGACAAGGUGGCGGGGCUCGACGUGUUCACGCAGUUCAUGGCGGGCUUCUACAAGUCCUUCAUCCUCAUGGUGGGGGACAACGUCCAGCCCGAGAACAACCUGGAGAGGGCGCUUUGCUGCGUGGUGCUCGUGCUGGGGGCGGGGUUCUACGCCACGGUGGUGGGCAACAUGGCCCUGUUGGUGAACUCCAUGAACGCGACCUCCGCGAGGCACAAACUCAAGCAGGAGAUGGUCCAAGACGCGCUGCGGUAUCUGGGCGUCCCGCCACCGAUCCAGCAGCGCAUACACGACUACUUCGACUACCUGGGCACGUACGCCCAUCCCGGCACCGACGGCAUGGCGUUCCUGAAGGAGCUGCCCUGCAGCAUAUUCGAGGACGUCGCCGUGUGGCUGUACCAGGACAUGCUGCAGGGCAUCCCGCUGUUCCGGCACUGCGAUGUGGAAUUCAUAACGCGCCUGGCGACGUCCUUGAGGGUGGAGGUGUACAUGCCCGGGGAGACGGUGUUCAGGUACGGCGACGUGGGCGACGAGAUGUACAUCGUGAUGAAGGGCCACGUGGCGGUGUUGAGCCAGUACGCCGAGCUGCUCUCCAUCCUGACCCGAGGGAACUACUUCGGCGACCUGGCGCUGCUGUCCACAACGCGCCGCACGGCCUCCUGCGUGUGCCUCAGCCACAGCGACAUCACCGUCGUCGGGUCGAGCGAGCUGCAGAUGGCCAUGAAGGCCUUCCCGGACAGCGCCUUGCGCGUGCAGGAGGAGGCGGCCAGGCGCCUGCACGAGAUCCAGAUGCGGGAGACGAACCCCGAGGUGGAGUCCCGGUGCCGCACAACCUCCGACGAGCACAAUGUCGCCCUGGGCCUGCACCAGGACGGGCGCGAACAGCCGGGGGGCCUGCGCCGCUCCCUGUCGAUCAACGGCACCCGGGGAGACUACGGCUUCCAUCGGAGCGUCCCCAUGGCGGGAGACGGGCCGGCCAAGGCACGCAAACAGGCGGAUUCGUCCGCGGCCGGGGAAUUCGUGGGCACAGGCAGGGAGACCGGGGGAAUGCCGUUUCAGGCCAGGCGGAUGACCACGGUGAGCGGGUCCGUGAUGCCGCACAGCCUCCUGGUGACGGCGUUGGGCCCUAGGGUGCCGAUGCCGAGGACAGCGUCGUCGACUACCGAUACCGGGUCGGUUUCCCUCGAGGAGGCCGGGCCUCAAGGCGCGGGGGCCCUGGACGUUGGGGCCCUCAACUCAAGGCUGGCGAGCAUGGAGGGCCUGCUGGUGUCCAUCUGGGGCAAGGUGGGCGCCAUAGAGAAGAGGCUGGCGAGGACGGAGCGGGCGCUGGAGCAGAUAGAGGAAGCUUCCCUGCCGUCCAUCUUGCCUUCGUCCAGCACCUUUGGGCGUUCCAGGAAAUCUGUGGCUUGGGUUGGUGAAUAG